ACCAACCAUCGCGUACGACCGGUCCAUUUCGGCGUCGCGCGCGCCCCGCCACGGCGCCACAUCCCCGUCUCCGAUCCCCAUCCCGCUAUAAAACUCCUUGCUUGCGUGCCGCUGCUACCACGUCACAUCGCCAUCGCCUCCAGCCCAGCAUGGCACGCCUCCCUCCUCUCGCCGCUCUCCUCUUCCUCUGCCUGCUGUCGGCCUGCCGCGCGGCCGGCCCCCGCGACGGCAACCCGAGCGCCGUGGUGCUACCGGUGAGCAAGGACGCCGCGGCCACGCAGCAGUACGUGACGUCGUUCCGGCAGCGCACGCCGCUGGCGCCUGUGGAGGCGGUGCUGGACCUCGCGGGCGCCACGCUCUGGGUGGACUGCGAGGCCGGGUACGCCUCCUCCACCUACCGCCGCGUGCCGUGCGCGUCCAAACCCUGCCGCCUCUCGCGCUCGGCGGCCUGCGCCACCAGCUGCCUGGGCGCGCCCAGCCCUUCCUGCCUCAACGACACCUGCGCCGGGUUCCCCGGGAACACGGUCACGCACGUCAGCACGGGCGGAAACAUCAUCACCGACGUGCUGGCGCUGCCCACCACGUUCCGCCCGGCGCCCGGCCCGCUCGCCACGGCGCCGGCGUUCCUCUUCACCUGCGGCGCCACGUUCCUGACGGAGGGCCUCGCGGCGGGCGCCACGGGGAUGGCGUCGCUCAGCCGCGCCCGCUUCGCGCUGCCCACGCAGCUCGCCGCAACGUUCCGGUUCUCGCGCAAGUUCGCACUUUGCCUGCCGCCGGCGGGCUCCGCGGGCGUCGUCGUCUUCGGCGACGCGCCCUACGCGUUCCAGCCCGGGUUCGUGCUCUCCAACUCGUCGCUCAUCUACACCCCGCUCCUCGUCAACCCGGUGAGCACGGCGGGCGUGUCCACCAAGGGCGACAAGUCCGACGAGUACUUCGUCGGCGUGACGGGCAUCAAGGUGAACGGCCGCGCCGUGCCGCUGAACGCGACGCUGCUGGCCAUCGACAAGAAGGGCGUGGGCGGGACCAAGCUCAGCACGGUGGCGCCAUACACCGUGCUGGAGAGCUCCAUCUACAAGGCCGUCACCGGCGCGUUCGCGGCCGAGACGGCGGCGAUCCCGCGCGCCCCGGCCAUGGCGCCGUUCCAGCUGUGCUACGACGGGAGCAAGGUCGGGAGCACGCGCGUGGGGCCCGCGGUGCCGACCAUCGAGCUGGUGCUGGGGACCGACGCCACGUCGUGGGUGGUGUUCGGGGCGAACUCGAUGGUGGCCGUCAAGGGCGGGGCGCUGUGCCUCGGCGUGGUGGACGGCGGCGAGGCGCCGAGGACGUCGGUGGUGAUCGGCGGCCACAUGAUGGAGGACAACCUGCUGGAGUUCGACCUGGAGGCGUCGCGGCUGGGGUUCAGCUCCUCGCUGCUGUUCCGGCAGACGAACUGCAACAACUUCCGCCUCGGCUAGCCGACAAUGCAAGCUGCUGAGACUUGCUGAUUGGGUUGUAACUGUAUGUCCGUCUGUGACCAGAGAAGAUGGUCUUGGAUUUGGGCAGUCGUUGUCUGAAUAAAUUGUUCAUCUGUUACCAUACCAAAUGGCAAUGUUGAUGGAGAGCAAGGUCGCGUGGAUAGACUAUAUACAGUA